CAAAUGGAUAGCCCACAGCAUUGAUUAUAUACAAAUGUGUACUAAACCCAAUGUAAUGAUGGACUAUAGAUAUUAUAUAUUAUUAAUAAGUAACAUUUAUCUUUGUAAAUAAUACAUUUUGACUUUUGUAAUUUGUUGUCCUCUAAAAUAGCUAUUAGCUCAAAGUUUUGAUGUAACUUGUUUACCAUACGUCAGACACAACUCACAAAGAACAACUACAGACCGAACGAAUCAAAUUCAAUGCAGAUUUAAUAAUAAUAAAAAGAUUCAUAGUUUAAUCUGUGCCCUGUGGUACAGAGAACUUGCAAGUUUCAAUUACUCGAACAAAUUGUUUUGGCAGUUUUUUUUUGUAUUCUGUUAUGUCUCGGUUAAUAAUAUAAAAAAAUAUACCUUAAUUGUUUAGCUCUUGAGUUCGUCAUGUACUUCAUUAAUGUAAAUUUCAAGAAAUAAUUUAGAUACAAGAAUGUCAGGCAAGGCAAUUUAUACUCAUCCGGUUAGAAAUGAAUACCAAAACAAAGGUUCCAAAAACAAUUUACGGCUCGUUUCACAUUAUUGUACACCCGGGUUAAACAGUUUUGUUGACAAUAACAUCAUUAACCACGAAGAAGCUGUCGACUACUAUAGUUUACCUGAUAAUUUUACAUUGCCAUCUCCGUGCAUCGAAUCUUUACCAAUUGAAUCUGAAAAUGAUGUUGUUCUAGAUAUAAUCCAUUCAAAAAACCAAUGGAAAACGGACAAUGAAAAAUUUAUAAAAAUAUGCAAAGAAAAACUGGAUUUUGAUUACUUGAAGACUUUGAAAAAUAAUUUAAAUGAGAAUAAAAACAUACAGUCGGUUGGCAUUCCUUAUGUUUUUACGCGGUAUUGUUCCAACUUAAUGAGAGAUCCUGAUAAAUAUUUUGAUUCAAUAACCAAUUGGUAUUUCAAAAACACAUUAGACAAAUGCAAUAUUAAUGGAAAAUCGUAUUUGGCUUGUGCUCGUGGAUCAAACCUUGAUUCCUUAGAAAUAGUUUCGAUUGAAGACAAAAAAAAUAUAAAAGUUGUUGCUAAAGAAAAUUUUAAUGGUCCUAUUUUGGAUGUCAAAGCGUUAAAACCCCAAGAGUUAUUAGUUCGCCAGAAAACAAAAUUAUUUUACCUAUGGAACAAUUCAGACACAGAAUUAUGUUUGAAGAGUAAACUAAUUUACGAUUGUAACAAUAUACCUCUUGGAGAUUCCGAUGGACUGUCGAAUUGUUAUUGUUCUGUCGACGUGGAACACAUUAUAAAAAUUUGGAAAGAUCAAAAUUGCAUCCAAGAUAAAUAUUUUGAAAGAGAAAACAUCAACCAAAAUGACUCAUUUCUACAUUUAGGAUUCUUAUACAAUCAGACUGAUAUUGUUGGUAUGAUUGAUAGACAAAAAUUUUACCUUAUUGACACAAGGACCGAUGUUUCAAAGCCAUGUACUGUUUACGUUCCCAAUAGACUUUUGGACAAAUGUGAAGAAUUUAAUACACUUUGUUGUAGUAAUUUAAACGAUCAUAGCUUUUAUGCCACUACAAAUCAUUCGAUGUUGACACUGGACAAGCGAAUGGGAUUUGUACACAAAAUUUCUCACAUGCUCACAGCUCCUCCGUCGUUGAUUACAACACACUAUUUUGAAAAUAGUUUAGAACCAAAUGAACUUGUAAUUGUGGGAAAUCAAUCAGACGAAAAUCUUGUCAAGUUACCGAACAUAUUAUUUCAAAACGACCAUUUGGUUUGCCAAACUUUAGCAUCAUCUAUUCCAAAGCCACUCGACUCAUUGUACGAGAUAAGACACAAAGGACACUGCUUGGAUCCAAAGUUAACCAAAAGGUGUUCUCGUCCUAUAAUCGGCGUCACUGGCAUUGGUGAAACUGUUGACGACUUGCAGUUGUUUAGUAUAAAUUCUGUUGGCGACUUAUUUGUACAAGCCUUCGACAAAACAGAAGAUUCUGUUGAACUCGAUAAAAUAAUUAUAUCUAAUUUUGAAAACUUAUUAACAAACAAAAGUCAAAUGGUUAAAAAGUUGAAUUAUACACAUUUAACUGAUAUGAGUAAGUUAUUCGAUUUAGAGCCGCCUGAACAUAACAAAGAAGAUAUAGAAUGCAGUGGGGGUUUCUGGAAAAUGUCUAAAGAAGAAAUGCUGUCGUACUCGGACCACGUGGCGCCGUUAAUAUUACACCCUUGGGAUCUUGACGAUGUCUCCGAGUGGGAGACCGAAAACGAGAACAAUGAUGAUUUAAACAACGACGACGAUGAUUUAGGAAAUAAUUAUGUUGUUAAAGUCAAUAGCUGGUUUGAGAAAAACAAACUAUCAACAACUGAACCUUGUUUGGAAAACAAAAAUAAUCCACCCAAUAAUAAACCGAAGUCCCAAAAUGAUUUAAGACAGUCUACAGACACCGAUAGUUCUAGUUCUGGAUAUUCUGUUUUAAUUAACUCUGAGGACGAGUUUAAUAUUGAAAAUGAAAAUUUACCAUCUGCAAUCUUGAAGUUGAAACUUUAAACUAGUACUAUUAGUUUCAUGAAAAAUAUUUUAUACAUAUUUACAUGUAUGGUAAAUAACAUGUUUUUUUACAAAAUAAAACAGAACUAUUAUUU